AUGAAGAAAGUUCUUAAAAAGCCAUCCCUUGGGGAGGAGGAUCAGACCAUGCUCACAGAAAGUGAGAGAGAGAGCAAGCAAACAGAUUUACUACCGAAACUGGAACUCCUAGAAAAGACAUUUGAGAGUUUGAGUGAUGGGAAGAACGAUAUGACAAUACGGAGGGAUCUAAAUUCAUUAUUGAAAUUUUCUGACCGCUUUACGGAGUUACUGUGUAUAAGUGUAUUUCUCAUCCUAGUAAAGCAUAAUUGCCUGAUAUUUGCGAAUAUGUAG